AUGUCUCCCGGAGAUCCAACGAUGGGGGAUGAGGAAGGAAAAGAGAGAUUGCACGAGGAGUUGAAAGGCAGCAACCAUGUGAUAGAAGGGAAGGACCUGCCGACGUACCUUCUUCCAUUCCAGGAAGUCUCGACCAACCGGUACCGAUUGGGCGAAGAUCAUGAAGACGACCGAUGUCUUAAUGUGAUUCUGCUCGGCGUGACGGGAUCAGGCAUCAUGGUUCCCUGGGAAAAAAAAAAGAUCGUCUGGAACGUGCUCGCACUCUUCGUCGCAGGGAAAUCGAUGUUGGAGGAGGCGAUGGGGAAUUACGUGCUGGGAGUGGAUUUCCAGGAUCCCUAUCGGUUCCAGGUGAAGAAGGAACACGGACCCACGGCGAGCAUCACCUCGUACACCUUCUUCACCAGGGACAAGCAAAAGAUACCCUGUCCCAUCACCAUCAUCGACACCCCGGGAUUCCAAAAAGGGACGCCCGAGGAGGACCAACGGUUGAUGGAGGACAUUCGCGAUUUCAUCCACUCGAACUACCCGCUGGGCAUCCACGCCGUGGCCUAUGUUGUACCAGUAUCUCAGGGGAGAUUGACGGCAGAGCAGAAGAUGGUGCUGGAGAACAUGGCGGAAGUCUUGGAAGAGGAGUUCAGCAACAACUCCUAUUUGUUCUGUACAUUCGCGGACGGCAAGCUCAUCCCCGUCCUAGAAUCCCUGAAAGAGUCGAGGCUGGCAUUCAAAAGUAAUUUCCCCGUUAACAGUUCUGCCUAUUUUGCCAAGGAAAACGAAGAACAGGAGUCGUCGGAAGACGACGGCCGAAGAAAGAGUGAAACGAAUGUCAGGUCCAUCAACGAACUGCUUUGGAAGGUGACGACAGAUAGCAUUCAAGAAUUCAUUCAGGCCAUCCAGAUGAAUAAUCCAAUCCAGGUCAGGGAACCCGAAGACCCAAGCGAAAAGAAAGAUGAAGUAAUAACAAUAGAAGACGCAAGCCAUCCCCCCGGAGUUGCAGGUGAGAGUGUGCCUCUGCUCUCGGGCACAUCGAACGGCGAGGGAUCCGCUCGACCCACAGGCCGGAACCUGGCUCUACCCGAAGGAGGCGAGUCAUUCCUCAACCGGCUCCGCCAUUUCGUCAUUCAGGGGUUUAAAACGCUGUUCAACUGGAUCCCGGAAUUCGGAGGCUUCUAUCCUCUUUGUAACUUGCGCGCAGUAAGAGAGCGACCAGAUACCGAUAUCGCCUGAGAUGUUUCCUUCCCUUUUCAUUCGCUCGGUCGUCAUUCACCUCUUCCUGUCGUCAUUUUUAGAAGUCUCGAUUAAAAUAUCAGCCCCAU